AUGACGUGCACCGAGGCAUGCUCCUUCCGCUCCUGUCACCCCAACAUUCGUACCACGCAUCUACCUUCCUAAUCACAUACACAACUCCGCGACACAUUAUCACCGCCGAACAACGCACCUGAUAAAGACCCCGCUCGCUCACCUUUCGCAAAGCUCGAUCGACUCCCUCGAAAUGCGCUUCUCUACCCUUUCCGUCUUGACCGCACUCUUCGCCGCUACCACCAUGGCUGUCGCUCCGCAGAGAUCGGUCAUUAUCAGCUUCCCCAACGACACUCCAGACCACAUUGUGGAGGAGGCUAAGGAGGGCAUCCGAAAGGCCAAGGGUGUUAUCACCCAUGAGUACAACAUCAUUAAGGGCUUCGCUGCCCAGGCCCCCGCUUCUGCCCUCGAAUUUGUGACGACAAUGGGCGAGCAGUACAAGGUCGAAAUUGAAGAGGACGGCGUCGUGACAACACAGGGUGAAGAGUAGACAUGUACUGCUGUUGGCGCAGACGACAAUCUUCUUCAGUUUGAACUGUACACACCUCUUGAUGGAGGAUUGCGACUAUAUGGGACGCGGCAGUCACUUUUGGUAUCUGGAGUUCGACAUGGAGUUCGACAUGGAGUUCGACAAGGAGUAC